AUGAGAGCAUACGGCAAACGUAGUAGUUCAGUGGCAGUUUAUUAUAAAAAACUACGCGAAUCCGAAGAAGUGGAAUUUAGUGAUGAAGGCGAUAUUGAAGUAAGCGAAAUCCAAGAGGACGAAAAUACCCCAAACGAAGAUCAGUCCUCGUUGCUGAGCGAUUUUAGCAAUCCCUGUCAGUAUGCUAAAGAUUAUAAUGUGGAUGAUGUAGAAGCGCAUUCCGGAGCAAGCAUCGAAACUGAAGAUGAGUCCAUUCUAGUAACAAUGGCAACCAGCUUUGACAAAUCAGUCACUACUUCUGAUUUGAAAAUAUUCGACUUUUUGGAGGAGAAUAAUAGCUGCAAAAAGAAGAGAAAAGUUAACUACGAAAAGAAAUGCUAUGAUAAUGAUGGACCUUCCAGCGCUCAUACGUCAAAGAGCCCAUUAGAAGAAACAGUAGAGGACGUUAACGAAUUACUAUCUUCCUUUCAAAACAUUGACGACUAUUCAAUUCAGAAGACAUUUCAAAAUGAUCUGGAACAGUUGCUGCAGGCUAGUGAUCAUGAAGACGAUGGAAAAGUGACUUACGGAAGGGCUCGAACUAUGCUCCAAGGCAAAUCAGAUGAACUUUCAAUUGAUGAACAGGAGAGAACAAUAGAGGGAAAUAAAUCCAGAGACAAAGUAAGCGAAAAUAGGGAUAAUGUUACCACGCAUCAUUUUAAUGACUUAAAAAAUAUGGGUGAUUUUCUGAAAUAUCAAGAUGAUUUGGAAUUUCUGACUGCCGAGCCAUCCAUAAACAUGGAGAUAAUAGUGUUUACCUCGAAGCUUCUCAAUCUUUCGUUGGCAAUACGUGAUGAUGAAGCAUUUUUGCUUUACAUACUUCGAAAUAAUUUGCCUAGGACAAUAAAAUGGUCUUUCCCCAAGAUAUUACAGGAUCCAGUUGUUCUAUUACUGCAGGGAUACUUGCUUACGAGAUUGGCAUCGAACUCAAAUGACCUACCAGAUAUAUUCCAUGAUAGCGUUUUCCUGAUGCUUUCUCAAACGAUGGUACCAGAUUGCUCCCUAAUAGGGCAUAAAAUGACGCGUCUUAACUUUACAGAUUUCCUCAAGCAAACAAAUGAUGAACCUGCCCAAGCGUAUGCAUUAAAGCUUUACUUGAUGCACCCCACCGUAUUGUCAUCAUCUGGCUUUGCGCGUAAAAUCUUCAAUCUAGUGGGCCAGAAGAAGAACGCAAAUCUCAUAUUCCAAUCUAUAGAGACACUUCUGACCACAGAAACAAAACACCACAUUGAGCAAAAUCAAAAAGAGGCUCUUUUGCUGCUUCAAAAACUCAUACGGCAUCCUGAGUUUGAAAAAGAUGAGAAUUAUGUCAAAAGUAUGAUUCUGUUAACUAAUGGCACAAGUAUACUCUCAAUGCUUCCGGUGCAAGAAAAAAUACAUGCCUAUACGCAGUCUAUAGAAUUUGUUCUGUUGCAUAUGGAAGUGGAAUCAGGCAGCAUGUUUGACAUUCGGCUCCUUCACCUUGGUCUGGCGCUUAACAUUAUUACGCAGUGCGAAGACAUAGAGCCACAAGAAUCUCAAUGGGUAAGAGCUCGAAAAACGCUGCAAAAUGCCGACCAAAACGGCUCGAACGAAAUUGAAAGGUUCGCUGUUCAUAUGCUCUAUUUGAAUCUUGCUUACAUGAUACAUCGCUUGCAGAAAUCUGUAUCAGGUCGCGAAAGGACUUCGAUUAUAAGCAUGCUGAAAAGAUUUGAUGAGGAGACAGCAAACUAUAAUGAAAAUAUCCAUGAAAAGAUCAAUGUUGCGCUACAUAAACUUUUGUAA